UCUCCAGAGCUGUCAUCCAGGUAGCAAGAUCAGCCUUAUGGAUUUCCAAAAGGGGGACCUGAGCUUCCUGGGUGGUAAAUGCCCCUCCAAUCUCCGUCCUUUGCUUUGUGCCUUUAACUUGGGGGCAGACACUCAGGGAAAACCUUUUGCAUGGAUGUGGUGGUGGCUGCCUGCGGGCAGGAGCACUAAGCAGUUAGGAUAUGAUCUCCCUAGAAAACUAAGGAUUUUUUGAGGGUAGAGCCACGUCUCUCUGUCCAACCAGAGGUACUGUGUAUAUCUCAGGAUCAUCAGAGCUGAAGGUUAAGGGCUGUGGUCAGAUGGGAUGGGGCAUUGGUGUCCCUGUCAACUGGUAGACUUUUACUUCCUUGAUGAGCUUUUAGGGAGGCUUCUCAAUCUGAUGGAUUGGAUGGGUCCAGGGCUGGGAACCAGAGGCCUGACUGAACCUGGACAGGUCAUGCCUCCUCUAGACCUAGCUUUCCUUAUCCGUGAAGAGCUAAAGGUAGUCUCUUAAACUCCCUGGAAAUCUAGCUUUGGUUGAAUGAGAAGACUCUUGACAACAAGUCAAUGAGGGCAAAAGGAAGGAAUGGAGAGAGUGGGUAAGUGAAUGAAUGAUUGAUGGAUGAUGGGUCAAGGAGAGGAAUGAGAAAUAGUUCAGGCCCCAGGCCACAGUUAUCAGCCAGCUUGCCUCUUUUUCUUUCUUACUGCCUUAGCAUGGGUUUCACUGUACUUUGGAUUCCUGGGGCUGUGUUCUGUGGUGACCGGAAGCUGGAUUCUCUUUCUGCACUGGAGGAAAAACUUGCAUUGGGAAAAGCAUGCCAAGGAGUGGGUGGAGGCAAUGAGAGCCACCACAUUCACCUACAGUCCACUGUUGUACUGGAUUAACAAGUGCCGGUGCUGUGGCAUGAACGCAGCCAUCAACACAGGCCCUACCCCUGCUCUUAACAAGACUGAGGCUCAAGUCCAGAAUUCAGAUCCUCUGUUGGAGUUGGACAUCCCGGAGAGCAGAAGCUAUGCUGCCCAAGACAGCAGCCCCAAGGUGGAGACCCCUGUCCUUCUGCAACCUGCACUGCAGCUGGUCCCACAGCAGCCCUUACCUUCCCCUGUGCCAUGGUCCCAGACCAGUUCCCCACUCCCAAUUCCCAUCUUUCAGGAGGUGCCCUUUGCCAUCUCCCCAUGCAAUGUACCCCCAAUGCUGAGCCACUCAGUCUCUUACCCUUUGGCCACAUGUCCUGAAAGGAACAUCCACUUCCAUUCCCUCCCCACACUGGCCCUUGGGGACCACUGCUGCUAUGCCAAGCCUUUUGCUUCAUAACUGUAGCCUCCUCUCAGUAAGGGUGGGAGCUGGAAGUGUCAGGGGCAGAGCAGAAGUAGGUAACCUCAAGUAGGUGGUAUUGACAGAGGUCAGGGUCCACCUGGAUGUCACAUUAUGGAAGAUUAAAAAAAGUCCAAGGCUCCCUUGUGUCUCAUUUGUUGUGAGGAAGGCAAUGUCCUUCUCCUGUUUGAUGGAGGAACUUUGCAAACCAAUCUGAAGGUCACUGAGUCACAAUGGAACUGAAGGGUUGGCUGUGGGGAGACACUGAACCAGUACUUGGAAUAGGCUCAACAUCCCUCUUUUCAGUAUUUAAGACCAAAAAUGUGUGCCAGCCCUUGGGCUAGGUACCUAAAGGCACUGCUAUUCUGUUGAACAUUUAGCACAGCUGCCACAAGAGUGAUAGUUCAUGUGGGUGUGUGAGCUAUGGGCAGAGGCCAUAUGGCACAGAUGCCAUGUCGCAGGCAAACUAAGUCAUCAGGACACCCACUGAGUCACACUGCACUGGAGACUCUAAGUGUGGAGUUCUUAUGUGGUUGUCACCUUAUUAUUUCUUGAUAGCCACAAGAACAUUGCCAAAUGGACAUAACCCUUUUAUAGAUGAAGAGAGAUUCCAAGGCCAUUUGCCAUUUCAUUUUUAGGUUGCCUAGUUAGCUCUCAAAUUUACUCUGCUUGGCAUUAAAGUUCCUCAUCUUCCUACCACACAUGGUGGUGUCCCUUCUCUAAUGUCUUGUUAGAAAACAUGUGGCAAAUGAUUUUGUGUGCGUGUGUGUGUAAUUAACUUGGGCCGUGGAUUGGCUAAAAUGAUAUACAGAAAUGAAUCUACAGUUGUUUUUUUUUUUCAGAUCUUUUUCAAAGGGAUUCAUGACCUCACCAAAAGUUAAGAUCCACUACAUGGGAAUAUUAAUUUUUGUAUCUUUGGGAAAUGAUUCUAAAAAGAAAGACAAUAAUGGCUAUUUGGUCUCAAUUUAAAGAUAGCCCAGUUCUGCCCCAGGGUGUAAAUUUUUUUCACUUUAGGAAUGAGGAAAUCAUCUCACCAUAUUUGCAAAUGAGCUAAAUUUUAUGUAGUCUUCCCCGAGGGGAAAGGCCACCCACAUUGCAUGUGUUUUUUUUUUUUUUGUGUGUGUGUGUUUGUAAUUCCAGAAUCCAGCAAAUAUAUAGAGCUAAUUUUUCAUAUUUUUUUCUGUGUAUGAAAAAGUCCCAGUUCCUUUGUGAUUCUCUUGUAAUGGAUUUCCUGCCUUUUUUAAAGGCAGCGAAGUAUUUCUUAUAAACAUGCUCUUAUACUAAAUUGCAAAUAUACAAUAGGCCUAAGUGUAGCUUCUCUGGUUGUUACAGGGGAAGGAGGGUGGGGGAGGGCGUGUGUGUGGGUGUCACUCUGCCCCCUCCCAUCCUGCAGAUGCCAAAGAAGCUGUUUUUGCUGCUUUAGGCCAAAUUUUAUGGUUAAGGCAGACUGCUGAACAUUACUUUGCGCCUACCAUCUGUUAGUCCUUGCUUUCAAGAGGAGGAAG